GUGCAUCUCGGUUUUCAUAGUCUGUUCUACAAAUUGUUGCUGUUUCUGGAGUCUACUGCAAGUGUUGCUGAGUCAUGGUCAGGUGGUGUACACCCGGGCACUGUAAAGUCAGCCGCUGCGGCAGGCCUGGUGGGGUUGAGGCCUAAUCGCGGGGCAUCUCCUCUAACGGCGCCCGUCCGUCUGACAGCGGCGCGGCCGUCUCCGGAGCCGCCAUCGGGAAGAAAAUCCAUAUCAGGCGUCUGCCGCUGUGUCCUGGACAGCUGGAGAAAUCUGAUGAGACUUUCACUUCAGAACGGAACAGAACUGAAGAUUACGCUUUGUUAAAAAAAUAAAAAAUAAAUUGGAUAUAGCUUUCCGACUGGAUUUUCUAGAUCCAAUUCCAGUACUUUUUUUGUCUCAAAUUAUUAUAUUGGAAUCACUGUCUUGAGAAGAUGAGAAGUAUUUUGAUGUAGCCAACUCAGAGCUGUCUGCUGUAUUCCCAUGGGGUCCCUAAUAUGGAAAUAUCCGGGAAUCCUGUGUAGUGCAGUGGGAGGAGGGGGUGCGAAAAGAAACGGAAACGGAAACAGAAAUGGCACAAACGCAGAUGUGGCGAGCUAAGGGAAACGGAAACAGAAAUGGCACAAACGCAGAUGACGCUGAGAGCCUUGUGUCAUGUGACUGUAGCAUAUGUAUGAUGUUUGUGUCUGCCUGCUGUGUUUAUGCACUGUAUGUGUGCCAGUGUUUUUAUAAGUCUCUCUCCCUUUCUCUCUCUCUCUCUGUAGGUCAUGGUGGGUGACGAGCUGGCUGCCCUCCUGGUGUCCGACGUCCCUGUGCAAGCUGAAGGAGGCAGAGGAGAAGAUGCUGCAGUCGAUAACCGGCACGUUCUCUCGGCAGCACGUGUGCAUAGCCAACGGGAACAGGAUCUGGACGCUGGCGUUCAGCGGGCGGGCGCAGGAGAAGACGCCCCUGGUGCUGCUGCAUGGGUUCGGGGGCGGCGUGGGGCUGUGGGCGCUGAACGUGGAUGCCCUGUCCAAGCAGAGGCCCAUCUACGCCUUCGACCUGCUGGGCUUCGGCCGGAGCAGCCGGCCCCAGUUCAGCAGCGACGCCCGUGAGGCCGAGAUGCAGUUUGUGGACUCCAUCGAGCAGUGGAGGGCCAGGAUGGGGCUGGAGGCCAUGGUCCUGGUGGGACACAACCUGGGAGGCUUUCUGGCUGCUUCCUACUCGCUCAAGUUCCCCUCCAGGGUGAAGCACCUGGUCCUGGUUGAGCCGUGGGGCUUUCCCGAGCGCCCCGACACGGUGGAUGAGGACCGGCCCAUCCCAGUGUGGAUCAAAGCCCUGGGGGCCAUUCUCAGCCCCUUCAACCCCCUGGCAGGGCUCAGGCUGGCUGGCCCACUUGGUCCUUUGCUAGUCCAAACACUCAGACCAGACUUCAAGAAGAAAUUUUCCUCCAUGUUUGAUGACAACACGGUCACCGAGUACAUCUACCACCUGAACGUGCAGAUGCCCAGCGGAGAAACUGCCUUCAGUAACAUGACGAUUCCGUACGGGUGGGCGAAGCGCCCGAUGCUGCAGAGGGUGGGGCUCAUUCGGGAGGACAUGCCCAUCACCGUGGUGUAUGGCUCCCGCUCCAGCAUCAACGGAAACUCUGGCACCGCCAUCAAAGAGCUCAGGCCCAACUCCCACGUGGAGAUAAUAGCAAUCCGUGGAGCUGGGCACUACGUGCAUGCUGACCAGCCAGAGGACUUUAACCAGCAAAUCCUAAGGAUCUGUGACACAGUUGAGUGACACCUGUCACCCCUCUGUCUCCGCCCCCAAACUCACCACAGAUGUCACUCCUGUCAGAGGUGACAGGCUCUCCUCUCCGCCCCCAAGCAUGCCCUCCAGGGGCUAAAGGGGCCCGUGCCUUUUCUGCAGUACUCGACCCAGCAUAGCUUCCAGUCCCAUUGCCUCACACCGUCACUGUUGCGAUCACUGACAUGGGAUAAUUGGGAUAUGCAGUGCUGUUUGUAAGUAUUUGGACAGCGGCACAAUUUUAAAAGGCUUUAUUAACUAUAUGGUUCACUCCAUAUGCAUGUAAAUACCACAUUAAAAUGUCCACUGUCAGCGUUAAUUUCAGGGUAUUUACAGUACAUCCAUAUUAUGGAGUGAACUGCAUAGGAUUUACAGCCCUUCAAAAUUGUGUCACUGUCCAAAUACUACGGACUGCACUGUAUCACCUUUAAUUGUAAAAGAAAGCAAUGAUGUGUGCUUUCAUUAUUCGUUUAUUUUCAAAAUGUGUGGUGUAUUAUCUGAUCUGCUUCAGGUGCACAUCUGGAACCAUAUCUGUGACCCUCUUCUUAUACUUUUAUGUGUUGACUGGAUCUUUAUUUUACUUUAUUUUAUUCCAUUUGCAAGUUAUUCUCAAGAAAUAUAUAUAGACUAUGUAGUAUAUAAUCACUGUCCUCACACCAUAUUAAUGACAGAGAGUUGCAGAUUUUAUUAUUUUUUGAAAUGUUUUUAUGGUUAAUUGCCAAACAAUAUAUUGCAAUCCCACUGAUUACUCUGAUCAUAUUGCAACAUGUAGACUUCUGUUUUACAUUAUAUUUUGAUAUCAUUUUAUGUGAAAGCCUGCAAAUUCUGUAUAUUGCUCAGCAUUUGUUUGUGCUGAAUUGUUAACAUUAGGAUUGAAUUACUGUGGUGUAGGAAUAGUAUACCAUGUGGACAGCUUACAUCUUUGUGUUGUAACAGUUUUAGGAUGACGGGGCUCUCCUGCUUUUUGCCUGUGCUUGCGUGUUCACGUUUGCAGGUGCAGAUGCAGGUUUGUUUUAAUUGAUUACUGUUGCAUGAUGAAAGAUGGUAAGAUUUGUAACCGAAGAGCCACAGCAGGUAGUGUAUUUUUUAACAGUAGUAUUGGGGUGGUCCCAGUUUGCUCCAAGAAUUGUUUUUUUUCAGAUGUGAAUAUGGAGUCUCCCAUGGAAAUAUUUAUUUCAGCAAGUGCCAUACCUUAUGUGCAGGCAAGAAACAAAUACUAUUUUAUAUUGAUAUACAUAUAGAUGCAUAAUAAUCUAGAUUAUUUCUGGAAGCACAUAGUUUUGCUAAUAUCUCUACCAUGUUGACAGUUAUUUUUCAUUGAAUGUGAUACAGAAAUCAGUCAGAACAGUGGGUGCUGAUACCGAUUUCAGUGGUUCAAGUUUGAUUGAAUAUUGAUGUAUUUUUUAAAUUAUCUAAAAAUCUUUUGAGACCUUGUAAGGUCUUGUAGAACUUCUGUAUUUUAAAGUUACAGUCAAAGAACCAUCCUAGUUAAAUUGAAGUCCCCCAAAUCAACUCAUUAAACCAGUUAAGGGAGAGAAACAAAAUACUUUUAUAUUUUUGGGAAAUUUCAAUAUGUGAUCUCUGCCACGUCGGAGGUCUAGACUUCAAAUGAAGACAGUUUUCUACAAAUAUAGAUCUUUGCCGUGGACGUUGAAUAAAAAUAUAAAAAUAAUAUUUUCAUAAUAAAUAAAAAAAUAGUUUAUUAGUAUUAGUAUUAGUAUUAUUUUUGUUGAAGUCUACCUCAUGCUAGUCCAAUGGUUUCAUGGUUUCACUGAGUGUGUUCAAAGUUUGAAAGUCGAGGUGGGCGAAUGUAGUGACUCGAACCUCACUGAAGCCCACAGUGACAGACAUUCCCUGUAUGGUGCCAAUAUUUCUGCUCUGGGCAGGAACAGUAGGACUGCUUUCAUCAUCUUUGUAUUUAUUAAAUGUUCACUGCUGCCUUACUGAAUCCUGGCUGAAAUAGCCGUGCUCAGUCUCGUUGCUUUAGUGCUCAGGUGAGCUGAUACUUGUUUCAUUUUCAGCUACUUUUGUGAUGUCCUGAGUCUCACAGUCCUGCAUUUCUGUCAGCACAAACUGCUACUGCUCACCUGUUCUAAUUUCUAUGAGUGAAUAGUACAUGACUUGUAAAUAAAUGCAGUUUUUUUGCA